UUUACGAGUAGAAUUACGGUUAUCAUCAACUCAUGUUUAGCCAUUUUAAAAGUGACUUCCUCAUAUUCUUUAAGAGUUGGUGGUGAUUCAUCUCGGCGACUGAAUGAAUGACUGUUUUGAAUAGUGGACACCUUGGGGAACAGCUUGACAAGCAGCUGCGCCCUUCCUCAAAACACGGGCACACCAUCAAACCUGACGAACUUUACUCCGCUGGACAUUUAUUGCCCUACCUUUGAAACUUGAGUUGAGAUAAUAUUUAACAGCGAAGCCAGCGUGUCGCAUAACUUCAGUUUUCGUCGUGCGUGAAGUCGACCGGAUCGAUGUUGUGAUUUGGACGGAUAUUGGUUAUACACUUCACCUCAGCGCAGAAACAAUGGUUUCCAUCGCCAAGGUGCUCCUCGGAGUCUUUGGGGUUGCAGUCGUCGUCAUUUUGAUAGCGGUGCCCACGGCUAUAUAUUUGCAAGAGGAUCAGGGCGGAAACCAGAAUCAAAGAUCUUUCACCCUGGAGGAUGUCUUCAACAGUUCACUGAAACCAAGGUCCUACAGCAUGAGGUGGAUCUCAGAUCAUGAGUAUCUGCAUAAACCACAGGAUUCAGUCAUCCUUUUCGAUGUGCUCACAGGAAAGCAAUCAGAGUUCUUGAGCAGUGACAAGUUUACAGAAAAAGGAGCUAAUGAUUACGAGCUGUCUGCUGACCUAAAAUAUGUUGCAUUCAUGAGCAACUAUUCCAAGCUGUGGAGGCAUUCAUUUACAGCUUCAUAUUCAUUUUAUGACCUGAAAAAAGGCACAUUUCUUGGAUCUGACAUGCCACAUAAAGUCCAGUACUUUGCUUGGGCUCCUGAAGGACACAAACUGGCCUUUGUUUGGGAAAAUAACGUGUAUAUAAAGACCAGUCCUAGUUCACCGCUACAGCAAGUCACUGUCAAUGGCAAGGAGAAUCAGAUUUUCAAUGGGAUCCCGGACUGGGUGUAUGAAGAGGAGAUGUACUCAUCCAAUCAGGGUCUCUGGUGGUCACCUGGAGGGAAGCAUGUGGCUUAUGUUGAGUUCAACGACACAGAGGUCCCCAAUAUAGAGUACAGCUGGUACGGAGAUAACCAGUACCCCAGCACUGUUUCCAUUCCAUAUCCAAAGCCAGGUGCUCCCAACCCUACUGUGAAACUGUUUGUUGUGGACACUGACAACACAUCAAAAAUUGCUGAAGUUGUUGUUCCAGAGGCAUUCAGGGAAAUUGAGCACUACUUGGCCACUGUUACCUGGGUGACAGAUAAACGUCUGGCUGUCCAGUGGUUAAAGAGACUACAAAACCACCUCAUCCUUCAGAUCUACAGCUUUAAUGGAUCCAGUUGGGUUCCUGAUGAGCAUCUGGAGGUGAAAAGUUCCACCGGUUGGAUUGGACGGUUCUCUCCACCAAAACCAGUUUUUGCCCCAGACAAGAACAGCUAUUACCUGUUAAUGAGUGACACCAACAAGUACAAGCACAUCCAUCAUGUGGUUAAGGGCAAAACUACACCGAUCACCUCUGGACAAUGGGAAGUCAUUGACAUUCUGAAAGUCACUCCUGAUAGUGUAUAUUAUUCAAGUAACCAAGAGGGCAGCAGGCCAGGAGGAAGGAAUGUUUACAAGUUGACCAAAGGAGAGGCCAAGUGUCUAACCUGUGGGUUUGAUGCAGAAAACUGCCAGUAUAACUCUGCUUACUUCAGCCACAAUGCAUCCUUCUACCGUAUGAGCUGCAGUGGUCCUGGCAUUCCUCAAUAUUCUCUCGUGGAUAACAGGGAUAGUAAAAAGAUGAAUGUUUUGGAGAAUAAUGACGCAUUUAGCGGCCUGAUAUCUGACAUCCAAAUGCCCACCAUGCGUCGUGGUACCAUCAAAGUUGCCGGAUACGAUCUCUGGUACCAGAUGUUUUUGCCUCCUGGCUUUGAUGAAUCCAAGAAGUACCCCUUACUAAUAGAUGUGUACGCUGGUCCCUGCAGUCAGAAAGCAGACUUCACCUACAGGGUGAGCUGGUCCACCUACCUGGCCAGCACUGAGAAAAUCAUUGUCGCCAGCUUUGACGGAAGGGGAAGCGGUUUCCAAGGCGACACAAUAAUGCAUGAAAUCUACAAACGUCUGGGAACCUAUGAGGUGGAAGAUCAGAUAACAGCAGCCAAGGAAUUCAUCAAAAUGGGCUUCAUUGACAAAGACAGAGUUGCUAUUUGGGGUUGGUCUUAUGGUGGAUAUGUGACAUCGAUGGUCUUGGGAUCUGGCAGUGGAGUUUUUAAAUGUGGAAUGGCAGUCGCUCCUGUCUCCAAGUGGAAGUAUUAUGAUUCCAUCUACACAGAGCGCUACAUGACUGAACCUUCAGACAAUGCCGUAUUCUACGAUAACUCAACAGUAACUGCCAGGGCCAAGAAUUUCCAUUCAGUGCAGUAUCUUCUGGUUCAUGGAACAGCUGAUGACAACGUUCAUUUCCAGCAGGCAGCUGAGAUCUCUGAAGCUCUGGUGAACGAGCAGGUGGACUUUGAAGCAAUGUGGUACACGGACAAGGAUCAUGGGCUGACCGGCUCUGCCUAUCAACAUGUCUAUACUCACAUGACUCACUUCCUACAGAGGUGCUUUGCAUGAAGUUCACUGGAUCAUUAAGAUCUGAUUUCAUGGCCUUGUGAAUAAAGAAUCAUUUUUGAGAUAAAGACUUAUAAUUGUAAUUGAUUAUUAGUACUCCAAAUGUCAGUAAAAAGUCUUAUUUCAUUUUCAAAUGUACCUAUUUAUGAGCAGAAACUUAAUGAGCACAAAGUGGUCAAUGUUUAAGUCUUUCUGUGUCGUUGAUACUUUAAUGGAAGUGAAAAUUCUCUUUGGAAGAGCUUUUUGUUUAUAUUUUCUUGCAUAUAUUUAGACUCUUCUGCUUCUCUGGAAAUUAAAGUUUGUUUGAUUAAUUUAACUUUUAAAGAGGUCAUUGUUUGACUUUGGAUAAACAUAGAUAUAUGUGAAGGUUAAACAGUGAAACUGUACUUGUACUACUUGGACAUUCAAGAGUGUUUACAUUAUUGUAUGCACAGAAAUAUAAUGACCCACAGUAAUUUUAGACAGUUUUACCAAAUUCAUGAGAGUGUUGACUGUUUGAUGUAAUAACUGUUUUCUAAAAUAAUAAAGAAUAAAAUUGUGAGAAAUUUGGUUUGAAAUA